AUGAAUCCCUUCGCCCGCGACUCGUCCGCCGAGUCGUCAAGCGACGAAGAAGACUUCCUCCGGCCCUCGACGGAUCCCCAGGCCGACGAGUUCGCAGACUACAACCCGCGCAAACGACGGAGAACAGGGCGCGACGCGAAAGAAAGCGCAGCGUUAGGGAUAUUUGGUUCAGAGAGCGAAGAUGAGGGGCCCGGGAAACGGUGGAAGACGAAGAGUAAUUUAAGGGCGAAGGGUAUGGCGUUUGUUAGUAAAGGCCAGAAGACGCUUGAUGAAGAUGAAGAUGACGAGGAUGAGGAGGAAGAAGAGGCAGAAGAGGAUAUUGAUGAACAAGAAGAUGCGGGAGACGUGGAAGCUACAGCGGGGCUGAGGGGCGGAUUGAGUCUGGGUUUUGGUGCGAGUAAGGGGCUGGGUUGGCAGAGUCCUGCGCCAGGAAAGAAGCCCAGCGACGUGAAGUACGGCACGCCUUUGGGGAAGGGAUUUGUACCAUCCUCGGCGACGGUCCCUAUUUUGAAGAACCCAGAAGCCGAUGAAGAUUCGACGCCCAGAAUUGCGAGGCCAAGCGCGUUCUCGACUCCCGUUUCUGGAGGAGGACGAGGAGGACAGGCCCAGGCAGGUCCUAAAAUGAAUGCAUCAUCUUUUGCCGCUAGAAUGAUGGCGAAGAUGGGUUACAAGGAGGGUCAAGGUCUGGGGAAGGAAGGCCAAGGUCGAAGUGGAGUUAUUGAGGUCCAGCUACGGCCGCAGGGCGUUGGUCUGGGAGCCGUAAAGGAGAAGUCGAAGCAGGAGAAAGAGGAGGAGAAACGACAGGCCAUAUUGAGGGGCGAAGUGUAUGAAGACUCGGACGAGGAGCGUAAGAAGAAGAGAGCCAGGAAACCGAAGGGUAUAAGUGGGACAGAUAGCGGGACGAGCACACCUCGUCGGAUCACCAAACCAAAGUACAGGACGGUGGCUGAGGUAGAGAGAGCUGCUCCAGGUUUGAAGAUUCCGGAAGCUUUUGCACCUAUCCUGGAUAUGACGGGACCAGGCCAAAAGUUAUUAACCUCGACCUCCGGGCUCUUAACACCUACGGCUGGAGCCGCCCCUGAGACGGUAGAACAGGCGGAAUCAAAGAAAUUAGCACGGAGGGCGCGGUCCGAUCUAUCUGCUUUUGUGGAAGAAUGGAAGAACUUGCAAGAGCGGAAAGCAUAUGCGGAAAUGCAGAUUAUCCAAGUAAAGCAGGAGAUUGUCGAUCAGCAGCCCGAUCUCGAGAGGGCAAAGGCCUUCUCUGACGCUGUGAAGGGAAUCGCAGAGGCCGUAAAGGAUGGUCAAUGGGAUCCUGUUAUCAAAGCUUUGACGGCUGUGGAUGGUUUACAAUUAUCUGGAGAUAACGACACACUGUCCAGCAUUGCUGUUGCCGCAGUCCACCCAUUUCUACGUCAGUUCGCUGAAGGCUGGCAGCCACUGGAUAAUCCCAAGAUGGACGGAAUGGCGCCCUCGCUCUUCAAAAUCCGACACAUCCUCGGAGCUUCGAGCGAGAAGUCUAUCAGCACGGAGUUAUACGACAGUUCAAGGAUUCGAGCCAAAUCUACAACUCCAUACGAGAGUAUGAUCUACAAGAUUAUAUUCCCCAAGAUUGUCUCUGCGAUCAAUCAAAACUGGGACGUACACAAUCCUACCCCCGUUUUGGAAUUGUUAGAUGCUUGGGAGGGACUCUUGCCUCCCUUCGUUCGGUCUCAGAUUCUUGACCAAGCUGUGGUUGGAAAACUCAACGACGCAGUGUCCUCUUGGAAUCCGAGGAAGAGACGCUCGCAUGAACUGCCCCAUCUAUGGCUCUUCCCAUGGCUGCAAUACCUAUCUGCGCACCAUGCAGACCCAAAAAGCUCCACCGGACUCGUCAGCGACAUCAAACGCAAAUUUCGCCAAUUGGUCGACUCUUGGGAUUUCCACAAAGGUCUUGUACCGGGCCUGCGACAGUGGCGCGAGGUCUUAUGCCCGGGUGUUGGUAAUGAUCACUGGACCCCCCUGAUCAUGAACCACGUCCUGCCCAGCAUGGCACGCUUCCUGAACGACGAGAAGAACUUCCUCGUUGAUCCCAACGACCAGUCGCCGUACAUGGGCGCGCUCCAAGGCAUCUUCGCCUGGCAAGACAUUCUCAAGCCCCGCAUCAUCGGGCAAGUCAUGGUCGAGACCGUCUUCCCCAAGUGGCACAACGUCCUCCACCAGUGGCUCACCGUCGUCGGACCCAACGAGGAGAUCGGCCAGUGGUUCGAGUGGUGGCGCGACUCGGUGUUCCCGGCGGACAUCCAGGCGCUGAAAUCGAUCCAGGACGAGUUCGACCGCGGACACGAGAUGAUCAACGCGGCGCUCGAUCUCGGCUCCCAAGCAGCGACGCUGCUACCAGCGCCCUCGCGCGCACGAGCCGAGAAGGCCCAAUCGCCAGCGCCCGCGCCGGCACCGCCGCCCCGGCCCGUCAUCGAGGAGGUGGUCACGAUCCGGCACAAGGUGGAGGACUGGUGCGUGGAGAACGACCUGCAGUUCCUGCCGGAGAAGAAGGUUUUGCACUCGGCGGGCCCGCUGUACCGCAUCACGGCGGCGGGCCACGGCAAGAACGGCGUGCUGGUGUGCUUCCAGGGCGAGCGGCUGCUGGCGUUGCAGCGGAAGGGCCCUGAUCUGGUCGAGAUGCCGAUUGAUUGGGAGGAUGCGGAUGCGAGGGAUGCGCUGCUGGAGAUGGCGUGGUAUAACGUGAAGUAG